CGACCGCCGUUAAAAACAAUCACAUGAAGCACAUCACAUGAUAUAGCGAGCUUGUCACGUGAGGCACGCAGGAGUUUUCGGCGCUUCCUGUUUCUCCUGAAAUAAAAAUGACUACUGCACUGACUCAGGGUUUGGAGAGAAUUCCGGGCCAGCUUGGAUAUCUGGUGAUCAGCGAGGACGGCGUGCUUGCCUCUUCAGGAGAGCUAGAGAAUGAUGAACGUGCAGCAGGUGUGAUCAUGCAGAUGGUCCGCACAGCAUGUCGAUUCAGGCUUCAUGGUGCAGCUGAGCCUCCUCUUAAACGCAUGUCAGUGAUAUUUGAGGACUAUGUUUAUGCUGUGACUAUCUCUGGACAAAAAGUGUUUGUAGUGAAACGUCAGAACAACCAACGGGAACCUGUGACUGCCUAGUGUUGAAAAGGAAAUACAAAUUAAAGGACAAGUAAUUUCUACAAAAUAAAUCCUUGGAAUAAAAUGCACCACAUUAGGCUCAUGCCAAUUUGAGGAUGGAAAAAAAACUGAUGAACAUUUUUUCUGUAGUCUGAUGCAAGAAAUCAUGCUUAAAAUGCUUAAAACACACCUGCGGUAUGUCAUAACUCCUCUGAAAAUAUCUAAUUUUGUUCCUCAAUAUGUAUUUUUUGGGGGCUGGAGGGAGGGGUGGUAUCAGACUUAAUGACUGUACUAAUACUGUCUUGUAUGUGGAUGAUGUUUAAACUGGGCAAUGCAUUGUAAUGUGGUUUGUUUUUAUUUAUUUUUUUGUGUGUGCAUGUGCAUGCAUCUGUUCCACUAGCAACAAAACGUCAGUAUUUAUCCAAAAAAUAAUUGCCUUUUCAUAAAUUUGUUGUUAAUUUUCUUCUAUUUCUUCAUUCAUGUUGUACCUUUACUUGAUAGGCUCUCAACCUUGGGGCUGCAACUUCACAUGGGAAUGUCUGAGAUGCGAAUGGGGUCAAUAUUUACCAACCACAAUUUAACCUUUGUACUGGUAUUUAUUUGACAUUUAAUAAUUUUUGCAUCUGUCAGAUUAUUAUUGUUAUUAUUAAAGUUUCAUUAGCCUGCA